AUGCCAAUAAUUAUCGUGACUUUGAUUAUUUAAUCCAUUAUUAUGUCUAUAUAUAAUGGUGUUACCUAAACUUAGCAAAAUUACUUUUUAUUGUUUGAUAUAUUCUUACUUUUGGGAUAAUUUGGGUAAAACUUAUAGUUGAUAUUAUUGAUUGGUAGUAUUUGUUUGUAAAAUGAAUUGCUAACCGCUGAAGAGAAUGUAAAAUUAAUUUUAAUGUAGAUCAAAUGUUUUUAUUUGAGUAUGCGUUUUAUUCUUAGUGCUAAUGUGCUUUUAUUAAAACAGAAAUCUAUCUACUUUUUGUUUUGCUUAUUUUAUUUUCUUUUCAGGAGUCAUAUUUACUUAUAACCAUUAUCGUAUAUGUCCAUAUUUGGCUAUUUAAUGAUUUUGAUAUAAUGUAUUGUUUUUAAUAAACCAAAAAGGUCAAUAUCAUAAACUAUCGAAAGAAAAAAAUAACAAUCCCUAAACGCAAGAGCUUUUUGAUUUUUUUAGAACUUGCCUACCUAUUCCAUUAUGUAUAAUUCAAAAUAAUUGUAUUAUAUUUUGGUUAAUUUUAGAGUUUUUGUUUAAAACUGAUUAGUUUAUAUCUGAAUAUGUCGAUAUUACUCCCCAACUUAUAAGGUAGAUUUCUUCAGGUAAAACUAAGGAAAGCAUAAAUAAUUUCCUAUCAAAUAGGAGAUUCAAUACAAAUAAAUCAUUUAUGUAUUAAGGAGGAAAAAAACUCGAAAAUUGCGGCAUCUUAUAGAAUGAUAAUCAAAAAGAACUCUAUUGUAAUAUUAAAAAUUGCUUUCCUGUUGAUAUUGAGGUGGCAGAAGUAAUAUGGGAAUAACAGCCAGCUACAAUGUUAAUUUUUCAAACUUAAUAACAGCGACUUGAAUAAAAUUAGAUAAAGGAAUUAUAAUAAAGAGAUUAAUAUAAAGAUGAAAUGCUUGCAAGUGUUUCACAUGAUUUCAAAACUCCAAUCAAUGGGAUAGUGGCUAUAGUGUAAUUUUUAGAAUCGUAAGCAUUUUACAUUUAAUUUAAGGAUUGUAAUUAACUAAAUUGAACUUAAUUAUUUAAUUAUAUUGAAAAAGUGGGCUUAAUUAUUGUUAUAUAUGAUUAGUGACAUUUUGGAUUUUUCUAGAAUUCAAAAUAACACUUUAAGAUUGACAAGCACUCCUUUUCUUAUCAAUGUAAUUGUCUAAGAAAUUAUCGAUUUGAUAUCACUGUAAGCUAAUCAAAAAGGAAUUGAGGUGGAAAAGAAAAUAACUUUAGAUGAAGAUAUAAGCAUGAAUUCAGAUCCGAAUAGAAUAAAGUAGAUUUUAUUAAAUUUGUUAAGUAAUUCUUUAAAAUUUACAGAGAAGGGAAAAAUAAAGAUUUAAGUUGAUUAUAAAAAUAAUGAACUAGAUAAUUAAUUUAAAGUAAUUACAAUUAGUGUUUCAGACACAGGAGUAGGUAUUCCUGAUAAAAUUAAACCAAAGCUAUUUUAAAUGUACGGUACUUUUGAUUUUACCAGUAAUGGAUCAAACAAACAUGGAAUAGGAUUAGGGUUGUUUAUAUGUAAGAAAUUAGUUGGAUUAUUGGGUCCUACUGAUAAAAUUGAUUUGAAAAGUUAAGUUGGGAUUGGUUCAACAUUUAGCUUUGAUGUUUAUUGCAAUAUUGAUUAGAGAAAUAUACUUUCUAAACAAUAUCAAAAGGAAAUGACUAAUAUUUAUAAGUAAGAUCCUAAAUAAAGUUUAUGUGAUCAUCACCAUACUAAUGUAAUAACUUCUUAGUAUACUAUUUUCAAUUAAACAAGUCAUUCAUAAAUAAUCCACAAUAAUAAUAAUCAUAAAAUAACAAAAAAGUUGAAUAAUAAAACAAUAUCAACCCAAUAAGAAAUUUAUCAUAGUAAAAAAAUGCAUAAGCCUUAACAAUUUCACUCUUUAUAUCCUCAAAAAUAAUCAAUCAAAAAGGAGAAUAAUGAUAAUAUUGUAUCUUUAAAUUUAGAAGAUUCUGAUAAUUCUAAAACAAGAAAUAUUGAAUAAUACUUAGAAUUUCAUAACGAUAUAACUUAUGCUACAUAAGUGUUUAAAAACCAAUAAAAUAUUGAAAUAAAUAACAACCCAAUGAAUUCACCAUUUAAUUAGAUUGAAAGUUAAGAGUCUCCAUAUAUUCAUAAUUUGCAACCGAAACCAUUAUAAUUUACUGAAUCAAUUGAGGAUAUGAUGAGUAAUCUUUUUCCAUAACCAAUAAAUAUUUUAGUUGUAGAUGAUUCACCAGUUAAUGUCUUUGCAUUUAGAUUGAUAAUGCAAAAAUAUGAUUUUAUCACUAUUGAUGAAGCAUAUAAUGGAGAAUAAGCAAUUUAGAAAAUCAGAAAUAGUAGAAAAGAAGGUAAAAAGUAUGAAUAUAUUUUCAUGGACUUAACCAUGCCCAUCUUAAAUGGAUAUGAAGCUGCUGAAUAGAUUAGAAUUAUGGUAUCAUAUUGAUUUUAUUUUUAUUUGAUUUUAGGAGAAGGAUAACUUUAUUGAAAAAAGUUUCAUCAUUGCCUUGACUGGAUAUGACGAUCUAAAAGAAAAAGAGAAAUGCUAAUAAAAAGGAUUUGAUGCAUUUCUUUCUAAACCUAUUAAAAUUAUUGACAUUAUCUCGGUAGUUAAUGAAGUAAAAAGUAUUAAAGAACCCUUAAUUUGA